CACAAACUCUCAUGGGAGAAGAUUCAAAAGAUUUCCGGGGUUAUUCUGGCAGUCAUCAACAUCGGGAAUGUCCUCUGUACCCAAGUGGAGUUACUCCUCUGUGGUGUAUCAACUAAUGGGUAAAAAGAUAAAGAAGGAAGCAGAACCACCUCCUAAGGAUGUGUUUGACCCCUUAACAAUUGAAAGCAAAAAAGCAGCAACUGUGGUGUUAAUGCUUAAUUCUCCAGAAGAAGAAAUUUUGGCUAAAGCAUGUGAAGCCAUUUAUAGAUUUGCUUUAAAAGGUGAAGAAAAUAAAGCUACACUCCUUGAACUUGGAGCCGUGGAGCCCUUAACCAAACUGCUCACCCAUGAAGACAAAAUUGUAAGAAGAAAUGCUACUAUGAUAUUUGGAAUCCUGGCUUCUAACAAUGACGUUAAAAAACUGUUAAGGGAGUUAGAUGUCAUGAGUUCCGUCAUUGCUCAACUUGCUCCAGAAGAAGAAGUGGUUAUCCAUGAGUUUGCCAGUCUUUGCCUGGCGAACAUGUCUGCAGAGUAUACCAGCAAAGUGCAAAUAUUUGAGCAUGGUGGGUUAGAGCCACUCAUCAGACUGCUGGCCAGUCCAGACCCUGACGUGAAGAAGAACUCUAUUGAGUGCAUUUACAACUUGGUCCAGGAUUUUCAGUGUCGAGCUACAGUUCAAGAACUAAAUGCAGUCCCCCCUAUAUUAGAUCUCUUGAAGUCAGAAUAUCCAAUUAUUCAAUUGUUGGCUCUCAAAACCUUAGGUGUUAUCACAAAUGAUAAGGAGGCACAGGUGAUGUUAAGGGACAAUCAAGGAAUGGACCACCUUAUUAAAAUCCUAGAAACUAAGGAAUUGAAUGACCUUCAUAUAGAAGCACUUUCCGUGAUCGCAAAUUGCCUUGAAGAUAUGGAUACUUUGGUGCUGAUUCAGCAGACGGGGGGUCUUAAGAAGCUCCUGUCAUUUGCAGAAAACUCUACAAUUCCUGACAUUCAGAAGAAUGCAGCAAAAGCAAUAACUAAAGCAGCUUAUGAUCCCGAAAAUAGGAAACUCUUUCACGAACAAGAGGUCGAGAAAUGCCUUGUAGCCCUUUUGGGUUCUGAAAAUGACGGAACGAAAAUUGCUGCCUCCCAGGCUAUUUCGGUGAUGUGUGAGAAUUCAGGCAGCAAAGACUUUUUCAAUAAUCAGGGGAUUCCGCAGUUAAUUCAGUCGCUCAGGAGUGACAAUGAAGAAGUGAGGGAAGCCGCGGCCCUCGCCCUGGCUAAUCUGACCACGUGCAACACGGCAAAUGCAAAUGCUGCUGCUGAAGCCGAUGCAAUCGAUCCACUGAUAAGCAUCCUGUCGAGUAAACGAGACGGAGCCAUCGCCAGCGCCGCUACAGUAUUAGCGAACAUGGCGAUGCAGGAGCCCCUGCGGGUGAACAUGCAGAACCACGACGUCAUGCACGCGCUCAUCGGCCCGCUCCGCUCCUCCAACACGGUGGUGCAGAGCAAGGCGGCUCUCCUGGUGGCCGCAACCGCGUGCGACGUGGAGGCCCGGACAGAGUUAAGAAAUUCAGGUGGCCUGGGGCCGCUGGUGGAGCUCCUGCGCUCCAAGAAUGACGAAGUGAGAAGGCACGCCAGCUGGGCUGUGAUGGUCUGCGCCAACGACGAGCUGAUGGCUGUUGAAUUGUGCAAGCUUGGGGCUUUAGAGAUCCUUGAAGAAGUUAAUCUAUCAGUAAGUCGGAAAAAUAAAUUCAGUGAGGCAGCUUAUAACAAAUUGCUCAACAACUACCUGUCUCUGAAAUACAGCCUGACUGGCUAUUUGUCAUCAAGUAACAUAAUUGGUGAUGGAUUCUAUGACUACGGUCGGAUUAAUCCCGGCACCAAACUUUUGCCUUUGAAGGACCUCUGCUUACAAGAACCCAGUGAUCUACGUGCUGUACUCUUAGUUAACAGUAAAUCUGACAUUUCUCCACCUCCAUCUAUGGAAGAUAAGUCAUCAGAUAUCGGUUACGGACGGAGUAUUUCUUCCUCAUCAUCUUUAAGAAGAGCAAGCAAAGAAAAGGCAAAUUUUCAUUUUAGUGCCGGAUUUGGAUCCCCUACGGAAGACAGAUCAGAACCGACUUCUGGACGAAAUACGGCUCUUAGCAAAUUUGCCAUUAAAGAGAAAGGAUCAAGGAAAGGCCGAGGGAAAAAAGAAGAGGAAAAAGUGAAGGAGGAAGAAGAGGUUGCAGCAGUCCCCAGACUGAUCGGAGAAGGGAGCCCCGAUAAAGAAUGGUACCCUCCCUCCGACCCGGACUUCUGUGUUUAUGUAUAUGAAGUGACCAAGUCAAUAUUCCCCAUAACGAAUAUCAAGGAGCAGAUUGAGGCUCUUGCCAAGUCCCAUUUCCGCCAAGAAUCAGAGCUAGGAGCUGGAAAUUGCUUAAAGAAAAAUGCUUUUGUCAUUUUCUCCAGCUAAACCAUUAAAGGCAUCGUUCAAUGUGAUCCUGAAGAAGUUAGGAAUGAAUCAAAAGUUUGAAAAUUAAAUUACUCCAAAAAUAAAAAAAAAAGAAAGAAAAAAUUAAAUUACUCCUUAGGUACAUGGGGUGCUCAUGAUUUAAAGGAAUCCUGUUGUGAAUUCUUUGCAAACUCACAAAUUAUUUUCUUUUUUUGAUUUUUUUAAAUUGAAGUUCAGUGGAUUAACAUGUGGUGUAUUGUUCGUUUCAGAGGUAGAGUUCAGUGAUUCAUCGGUCUUCUAUGACACCCAGUGCUCAUUGCAUCACAUGCCCUCCUUAAUGCCCAUUACCAGGUUACCCCAGCCCCACAAAUUCUUUUCUGAUACAAAUAGCUAUCACUGAUUUUUUGAUCAGAUAGAUGUCUGGUAUUUUGCAUUUCGCAUUGCUCUCAAGUGAGGGUGUGCGCUCUCUAAGGGGUGGCUGUUCGGGCAGGCUCCACGCUCUGCGGACGCCAGGUGACGUUGCCUUCCUCAUUAGAGCAUUUAAUGUGAGUCCACUAAGAGAAAUCUGAGAACUGGACUUGGUAGCUGUAAGGGAUUAGGAAUCGCAGGAAGCGGAGGGUGGCCUCUGUAGCUGGCACCAACAACCCAUAAGUGAGCUACUGGAUCCUUCAGCAGCUGUAGUCUCCACGAGAGCCUGGAUCUACUCCAAGUAGACGUGCCUUGCACUCAUCAAACCUGGGUGUGACAACUGCAAGAAACACAGCCGCCAGAUCAUUGACUUCUCGGCAGCCAGAACUGGAAGAGAACAUUUUUGGCGACAGAAGUUUUCCUGAUGUCCUUGAGAAGUGAUGACGUGCACAGAACUCUGAGCUCAUUUCAGCAUUUGUCAGAUGUCCCAUGCUCUGUUCCUAUCAGGAACACUUUUCAUCAUUCCCAAAUAAUUGGGGUUUUUUUGUUUUUGUUUUUUUAACCUGAGCCCUUUAUGCGGCGAGAUCCAGAGUUUUGUCCCUGUGCCUUUGGUUCCCGGCAUUAAUUACAGGACAUCUGGCGGAGUCCACGAGGCAGCUCUCUCCCCGCCCCUUUCUGGUUUUCGCCAUUGUUCUUCUUUGCUUGAUCCUAUGGACAGCAAGAGGAAAUUCUUUCUUAAAAUUUGCAAUUCUGCCUCUUCUCCAAGAUGUAGGAGCCUUCAACAGAGGAUUUUUGGAGGUGUGUGUAUUAACUUCUGUGGGAGAGCUUCCAAUAAGGAGGAAACCCCCAGGCAAAGCACACCACCCAACUUAAUUAGUUUUCCUUCUGCCCCCUUCCUCUCUCCUCUCACUUCAGUGUUACAUAAAUGCCUCUAAAAAAAAAAACAAUUUAAAAGGAAAACACUUAUAGGACUUGAAAAUAUUUGGGAAU